AUGCCUCGAGUCUUCCUCAUCACCGGCACGUCGACUGCCUUUGGUCACGACUACGCCCAAGAAGUUCUGGACCGCGGCGACAUUGUGGCCGCCACAGCCCGCGACCCGUCACAACUGUCUUUCACCAACACCGGCCCCGAAACGACGCUCAAGAAAUUUGGCCGCAUCGACGUGGUGGUAAACAACGCAGGCUACGGUCUCUCGGGCUGUUUCGAAGAGUGCAUUGACGAGGAGAUCCGACGGCAGACGGACAUUAACUUCUUUGGACUGCUGGACGUCACCGGCGAGGCGUUGGAGACUAUGAGGGACAAGCAGAGACCCCAGGGCGGGUUGAUUCAGCAGAUCACGAGUAUUGGUGGCCAGAGGGGGGUGCCGUUCUUCAACAUCUAUUGUGCCAGUAAGUGGGCCGUCGAGGGCUUCACAGAGGCUCUCAGCCAUGAGUUGAAGCCCGGGUGGGGGAUUAAGCUCACCCUGAUCGAACCGGGCGGGUUCAGAACAGACUGGGCCGGUCGCUCCAUGACCUUUGCUAAAAGCCAUCCCGCAUAUGACCAUCUCAACGCCGAGAUACACAUGACCGCCCGCCACAGCACACAGGCAGGGGACCCCAAGAAGGGCGCAAAGGCGAUGUACGAGCUGGCUGUGAUGCCCAGCCCGCCCUUGCGGGUCGUCGUCGGCAUCGACGCAUACAAGGCGGUCAUGAACAAGCAGGAGCAAUACGAACAAAACUACACAAAAUACGCCGCGCUGAGUAAUUCGACGGAUGUGGACGGCUGUGUGGCGUCGCAAUAG